AGAGAACUAGGAAAAAAAUACAUAUAAAAUAAGGAGGGAAACAGAUGUCUUUUUCUUUCUUUCUUUCUUUUAUGUGUAAAAAAUUAAUAAAUUGACUGUAUGAUUUUUCAGAUGCUUUACUAUAAUAACACAUAUUCUUUUAAGAUUAAAGCAAUAGUAUAAUUUCAGAAGGCUUACUGAAAUGAGAGCAUAAAUCAGACCAUAAUUCACAAUAUUCACAAUAAAAAAAUAAAAAAUAAAUACUGCUAUCAAGUUGAAAGCGUACAGGACGCAUUUCGUGCAAUAAUUUAAAAUAGAUUUCUCUGAAGUACAAUACUGAUUUUACAGUCAUAGUCAAUAGCACCAUAUUUCUCUAGUUGUUUUUUUCUUUUUUUCUUUCUGAAAACUGAAAUGAAGUUUCAAAUGCAACAAACCGUUUUACCAAAGUAUUAUAAGUUUUUUUUUAGGAAAAGAAAAUACAUAUUUAUAUUUAAUUGUUUAUUUUAUCUUAUUUUAUGGGCAUAUGGGACAAAGUUCAAAUGAAUCAGUAAGUGAAAUAAGUUUUUACAGGCAGUUUUAUCCAAAUAGUACACAUUUUCAGAAAAAAAAAUAUAAUAUCAUUACUUAAAAAACAAGUUACACACACAGACAGACAGGCAGACAGACAGAUAGUCAGUUUUUUACUCCUGCAUGUGAAAAAUUUGGAAGAUUUGCACAAAGUGUAUACAUUUCUUGCAAAAUAAACUAUUUAUGCUUUAUAUAUGUGACCCUGGACCACAAAACCAGUCAUAAGUGUCAAUUUUUCGAAGUUGAGAUUCAUACAACUUCUGAAAGCUGAAUAAAAUAUAAGCUUUCCAUUUGAUGUAUGGUUUGUUAGGAUCGGACAAGAUUUGGCCGAGAUACAACUAUUUGAAUAUCUGAAAUCUGAGGGUGCAAAAAAAUCUAAAUACUGAAAAAAAUCACCUUUACAUUUGUCUAAAUGAAGUUCUUAGCAAUUCAUAUUACUGAUCAAAAAUUAAGUUUUGAUAUAUUUACGGUAGGAAAUUCACUAAAUAUCUUCAUGGAACAUGAUCUUUACUUAAUAUACUAAUAAUUUUUGGCAUAAAAUAAAAAUGGAUAAUUGUGACCCAUACAAUGUAUUUUUGGCUAUUGCUACAAAUAUAGGGUCCAGGGUCACACACAUAUAUAUAUGAGCCAGACCACCGUAGAAUGACCUGCGCGUUCUCCGGUUUAAUCACCAGGGGGCGUCAUUCCACUAACUCUUCAACCCGGCUGAAGUUUUUCUUAGAGAUUUUACUUAGAAUUAUGAAAGAUCUAUUCAGAAAUGUGACUGAUAAAAAGGACCGGUAAGAAAAUAAUAUUUUGAAACUCGAGGUCUAUUUGCAGCGGAUUAAUUUUACAAAACAAUUUCACAAAUGAGUAAAACUAGACACAGUUUGAAUUAACACUAACCAAGGUGUUUGAAGACGUAUUUAUUAAGAACCCAUGUUGUAUCAAUACUUAAAUCUCGAAUUAUUCUGCAGUUUUGGAACGAAAUUUUCCAUUUGUCUGCACUGCAUGCCACAUGGAGCCAUUUUCGGACAAAAAACACUUGAAUUUGGGCUAAUCAUUCUGGCAUCUACCUCCGUUCAGUCUUAAAUACUCGACAUUUAAAUCUGACACAGGUAAAUAAACAACAGCAUGAUGAUUUCAGAGGUCUCAAGAAAUGUAAAUAUGCCACUUGGAGCUUUUUCGCUAAAAUUAUUUCAGAAAUAAAAGCAGGCCUAAGUCAGGUGUGUGAGAUUCUGUUUAAGACCAGCACCACUCAGCAUCAAACAGCACCCUGCUUAUGUUUUUAAGGAUUCAGUGAAGAUAAUUCAUUAAUUAUUUAAACCGUUGCAUUAAAACAAAAAUACCCUGAGAAAAUAAAUUUAUAAAUAUUAUUAUGAACACUGAUCGUUGUUUAAAUCUCAUUUUAAUUGGCUUUUAAAUUUUCAACAAUUGCCAUUUAACCUUUCAAUUAAAUACUUAAUUCUAAUUGAAUUUAUUUCAUAUUCAGCCUUCUUGUACCUGUAACUUGACUUUAGCAGACGUCCCAAUUGUUCUGGUGACAAAAAUGGCUGCUAUCAUAUGCCACGCCCACUACUCCAAUAAUUCUUAAAAUACUGCAUAAAUUUGAUCCACAAGACGUAAUAUUAAUUUUUUUUGACAAGACUACCUAUUACAGAAGAUAUUUACAAUGUGUCAUGGCAUGUAAAACUUCAUUUGUGCCUUCAGUCUCACUGCAAAGUUGAAAUAGUGCUUCUAAGGGAGACUCCAACCACCAACACCAAAAGGAUGAUAAAAUGUUAUAUAUAUAUAUUUGGUUAAUGUCAAAAUGUGAAAUAACACAACAUUCUAUUAAAAGAGAUGUUAUUAUAUGCACUGUAAUAGCGAAUAUCACUCAGAAAUAAGUCUUUUUACGAAGCUUUUGAAUAUUCAAAUUGAAAGUAUCGCGCAAUCAAAUCAUUGUCAAAUCAUUGAGUUCUUGGGGUUUUAAAUAGUAGGGAUGAGGGGAGAAAAACUCAAACUAAAAUAUCCCUAGCUAUAUUACUGUAUAAUUGUAUGUCCUGAGAGUGUUUUGAGGCUACUUUGUUGAGACUUUUUAAGACUUUUGUGAAUAAUUCGUUCUUGCCCAUAUAAUAGAGCAAAGAACUGACGUUGGGGUUUUUCACUGUAGCUCUUCCAGAGUUUUCCUCCUUUUCAGGCCAAUAUGUCUGCAGAUAAACCUAAGGUAUACCAGGGUGUGCGUGUGAAGACCACCGUUAAGGAGUUACUGCAGAAGCACAGAGCCCUGCAGGCACAGAAAACCGCAUGUGCAACGAAAUCACAAGCCGUUGCUGCUCGCGAUGUCUGCUCUACGACCAUGAAUACCCACCUUGAUGUCUUUGGAAUGCAAGCUACAGAGCCCUAUUUCCAGACACGUCCCUUUACCGAAAGUGUCAACAUCCCUAUGGAGAAUGCUUAUGAUCAUCAACAGAUGAUGCAUAUGAUGCCACCUGAGACUUUCAGCGGCUGUAAUUUCGUGUGUCCCACCUCUGCGCAGUGGUCUAAUGGAUAUCUACCUUCCAAUACGGACCUCUAUGGUUCUAGCCUGGUUUCGAGGUCACCCUCAGACCCCUUCAAUCUCCCCAGUCCCGUUGACUACAACAGUUACUCUCCCCCUCAGUCAAACUCUUCAUCUUCUUCGUGCUACAACUCCCCAACACGGAUGGAUUUGAGCUCCAGUUUCUCUCCAGAAAAUUACCACAAUCAGCAUUGCAACCUGCAGCAGUGCUUUUGUCUGCCGCACUGGUCCAAUGUGCAGGAAGGCAUGGCAACCUCAGAGUCUGCGCCCUACGGCUCAUCAGACUGUUUGUAUUCAUAUGGCGACGACAGCUAUUUCAGAAGGGAUAUUUCAAACUCAGAGAUGUGUUACUUAUAAAAUGCAUUUUGAAGCACUUUGCGCGAAAAUCCAGUGUCAUAAUUGAUUCACAUUAAUGCAUUUGUUGUAUUUUUAGUUUAGAUAAAAGAACAAGCAGUGAUAGAAUGCACGAUUGGGCUUAGUUUAGGAGUAGUAUAAGCAAAAAGGUUGAUUGCAGAGAGCUAAAUAUGUGUGAGUAUAAUUUACAAAUUAUUCAUUUAUCUUUUUUACAAUAAACAUAUUUUUCGUAA